UUUGUAGUGAACUCGGAAGGGGUUUAACCCGUGAAAAUCAAUCUGGAAGUGUGAUGGGUGUCAGCCUUGUUGCGCGGUUGAUCCGUCCAAUCUGGCAACCCUGGAUUUGCGCUCAGAGGCGCUUUGGAGAUGGAACAGAGAGCUGAGGAGAGAACAGGAGCGAUUUCCACAAGAAGGCUCCAUGUAACAAGACUCCAGUUUCUUUAUGAUGCAGUUCUGAUUUUCUUGAGAUGGGAUUUUGCACAUUUUAAACUUUCUGUUGUUGUGAUCAGUGUUUGCGUUUUUAACCAUGAUGCGCUGUUUUAAAGAUGAACCAUUGCGCACGGAUAUUAAACGCUGCGGACUGAUGCACUUUACUAUGUCUUGUGUGGACAUAAAGAGGAUAAAGGAAUAAUAAAAAUCUGCGCGCAGUGACAUGGACGCGCCGGGUGGCAUGGACGCGCCCGCGGUCUCCUACUCGUCCUCGUCUGCAAACUCCUCGUGGGAGUCGGGAACGCGCUACUCGCGGACGGCAGCGGCGGGACUUGCGGCGCUCGUCGCCUUCCUCAUCGUGUUCACGGUGGUGGGAAAUGCGCUGGUGAUGCUCGCGGUGUUAACGAGCCGUGCGCUUCGUGCGCCGCAGAAUCUGUUCCUGGUGUCUCUGGCUGCGGCGGACAUCCUGGUGGCGGCGCUCGUCAUGCCUUUCUCGCUCGCCAACGAGCUGAUGGGAUACUGGCACUUUGGGCGUGCGUGGUGCGGUGCAUACCUGGCGCUAGACGUGCUCUUCUGCACCGCCUCCAUCGGGCACCUGUGUGCCAUCAGCCUGGACCGCUAUUGGUCAGUCACGAGUGCCGUCCAGUACAACCUGAAGCGCACACCUCGCCGCAUCAAGGCUGCCAUACUUGCCGUGUGGCUCAUCUCCGCCCUCAUAUCCUCGCCGCCGCUUCUCUCCGUGAUGGACGAUGGGUUGGCGGAGGGCACAGGGCAGCUCCCGCAGUGCCAGCUCAAUGACGACACGUGGUACAUUUUAGCCUCCAGUUCUGCAUCCUUCUUUGUGCCGUGCAUCAUCAUGAUCCUUGUCUAUGUGCGCAUUUACAGAGUGGCCAAGACAAGAACAAGGACCGCUUCGGAGAAAAAGCCAAGCCUGGACACCGAGAACGGCGUCAGCGUCGCCACAACAGUGGUGAGGAUGAACGGAGAGAGAGAGAACGGGCAUUGUCCAGGGACAACCGGCAUAAGUGCCGAGCCACGACCCUCAGUCCAGGCAGAGCCAGAACCCACCUCGACUUUGGAGGCCAAAAGCUGGAAGGAAAAAGAUACGCCGCCAAGCAGAAGCCAGGGUGAGGGCUCAAAACGUGGGUCGUCAUUGGCGUCACUGGCAUCAGAGACCAGCAGGAGGGCAUCCCGUGCCAGCAGCAAGACACGGGAUUUGUUCUCAUCUCGGAGGAUGUCAAGCGGACGAAGGAAGAACAGUGGUGGCAGCAGCGUAAGGAGGAAGAGGGCAUCCCAGGUGCGUGAAAAGCGAUUCACCUUCGUGCUGGCAGUGGUGAUGGGUGUCUUUGUGCUCUGCUGGUUCCCUUUCUUCUUCAGCUACAGCUUGUAUGGUGUGUGCCGCCAGGCGUGCCACAUUCCUGACCUCCUCUUCAAGUUCUUCUUCUGGAUCGGUUACUGUAACAGCUCGCUUAACCCUGUCAUCUACACCAUCUUCAACCAGGACUUCAGAAGAGCUUUCCACAAGAUCCUCUGCUCACCCUGGAAGAAAUCCUUCUAGAGCUCUGCACACUGCAGAUCACUACAAGCUCGAGAGAAAUUAUUCCACAGAAAUGGCAACCAUCAAUGAAAAACUUUCAUGGACAUUUUCCGGAGUCUGGACAUACUGUAAUCUUUUCUCGUUCUCUGAUAAUUGAGAGAUAUUACAUUAGAUAAGGAUAGCUGGAAUAUAUGAGUGAGAAGCGAGUCAGAGGUUCCUCUGCCAGUUAGGAAAUGAACCAUAAAGAUGUUUAAUAAGAUUUGAUUCUCUCUACUCUGGUUGCUGGAGAAAGAAUUAGAGGUGAGCUGUGGUCUUCUGGCAAAGAAGCAGCAAAGCAGCAGCAAACACAAGAGAGUCUGUCUGCACUGCUAGUUGUAAAUUUAAAGAUGUAUUUAUUUUUUAUGCAAGCUCUGAAGAUGCUGUAUUAAAUAAAAAUUGUGUAAACCUCUA